UGUGUGAUGCGUUUUUGGCAGCAGGCAAGGGGAACUGCUUCGCAGGAGGUGCCCUUGGAGCAGAUGUGUCUUCUGAGGGCUCUCUGGAGCGUGGUUUUGUUGAGAAGCGGACUUGAGCAAGCGGGCUCUCCGUUCUGCCCCACGACUGCUGAGAAGUCUUGUGCCGUCAUGGCCAAGUUGUGCUUCUUGGGUGGCUGAGGAGCGUGGAGGACUGGUAGGUGCUCCAAACUCUGCAGCAAGCAGCAGCGGGGUGAAGGGAAGCAAGCGUAAUGCCCGCAGGACGGUAGGCAGAGGUGGUGCGAGAGGAGUGGGGUGGCGGGGAGCGUGCGUUUCCACUGACGGUCUUGCCGAGGGCCGUGCCGCGUGAGGGCUGGAGAGGCAGCAGCGCAGGCCUUGGUGCGGGGAGCAGGAGUGGGCGAGAAGCCUUUGUGCUAAAUGUGGCGGGACCGGAGGAGGAGAGCAGCACAGGCGCAGCCGUGUGUCCCAGGUUGCCACUUGCUGUGCUGAGGAGUAAAGUAGCGUGUGCUGGCUUUGGUGCCCGAGUUUCCCGUUGCUGCGGUGUGGGGCAGCCUUGGCAGUCAGCUCGUCUGUGAGGUGCUCCCUUGCAGGCCGCUUCGUUACCACGGAGCGACUGGCUCGGUAGAUUCCUGUGUGAGCGCAGUGGUGUCAGGCAGCGGCAGGAUUGCGCUGUGAGCGCGGCAGAGCUGGUGGAGUCAGUGCUCCGCAGUGCGCGUGCAUCCCGGCAGAAGUUCCCCACGCGUGGCCUUGCAGGAGCGCGAGGCCUUCUGGCUUGCCGGCUCUUCCCCAAAAGCUGGGUGUGCUGUGCGCGAGCUGUGGCAGCCCGGCUGGAUCCCGUUUGGGGCAGUCGUGCUGCUGGCAGGCCGGAGAGCAGAGGUAACUGUUGGCCCCUAAGCGAAAGCCCCUCUCACUGUUGUGGGGAAAGGCCCGACUUGGUGCUGCGUCUUCCGCCGAGCUGUGGGUCUUGCUAAAACCGGUGGCCUGUGGUUUAGUUUUAUCUUUUAGAACUGUCUUGACAGGCCCAAGUAGCAGUCUGCGGACAUCGGACUCGUCCAGGCUGGUGUGCGGCGCGCCCGGUGGUUGGUGCUGCGUGCUGCUGCCCUGUGAGGUGCUUGUGGCCUUUGGGAGCAGCAGUGGGGCGAGUUUCUGUGGGUGUAUUCAGCCAGGUUGGAAGACGGGCUCCAAAGAAGACCGCCGCUUCGACCUCGACGUGCCGGCAGAUCGGGGCUAGCGCUCAGGAGCGAGAGAGCUUGCUCAGCACGGAGUCAGUGUGGAGCGUGUUCUUCCGGGGAGAUCUUUGGACCGCUUUUUCGGAGAGCAGCGCGGACUGAUAGAGGUGUAGGUGAAGAUGCUGGAGGCCGACCUUGUUGCAAAAAUGCUGCGAGCUGUUCUUCACUCCCACAAAAAUGGCGUCCCCUUGGCAAAGCUUCAGGGCGAGUACAAGUCGCUGACUGGGGACUGGAUUCCCUUCCGGCACCUGGGACACGGCACGCUGGAAAGCUACCUGGAGAGCAUCCCGGGAGUGGUCCGAAUCGAGGAGAACAAAGUGGGAGAGGUCACUUGCCAUGCUGUUGCUUGCACCGAAACAGUGCGGAUUGCUCAACUGGUAGCCCGGCAGAGGAGCUCCAAAAGGAAAGUGGGACGACAAGUGAACUGCCAGAUGAGGCUGAAGAGCACAGCUCCUGUCACGUUAGUAGGAAAGCCCAAAGGAACUUUGCGACAACCGAGGUUGAUGAGCAGCUCAGAAGAAGGCAGCAAGAGGCCCGUCCCCCGGCCGCAGAGAGGCAGAGGUAUGGCGUACGGCGUGGUGAAGCCCACUGUAGAGAGCGCCCUGCCUGCCUUGCCCCUAGCCGCUGGAAGUGGACCAUCUAAAGACAUUCCCAUGCAGAGGCAUGUCACGGUGAUAAACAGGCCUGAGAAGAGACUGACAAUUCCACCACGGUUUCAGAAGGAGCUGCAGGUCCACCUAUCCAGAAGCUCUUCUGUGGAUCUAAAUGAUAACUUGAAUGCAUCUGUUCUGGAGGCACACAGUGUUCCCUCUGACUCUUCUGCUUCUCAUGUCAGUGAAGUUCAAAGUCACAUUAAGGAGAUUCUGAGCAGGUACAGCAAUGGUAUCUGGCUGUCAAAAAUGCCGCAGAUUUACCAGCAAAUGUACCAGGAGGAUCUUAGCACAACGGUGCUCCGUCAGCUUGAAUAUUGGCCUCAUGUGUGCACAGUGGAAAAAGUAUGCACAGGUGAUCAUAUGGAUGGACUCCUUUAUCCUGCUAAGAGGAUAUCACCAUUAGUGAAGAGUGAUACAGAGCAAGGAAGAGCAUCUCAAAAUGUUACUUCUUCAAAAGCAGACCCUUUGUUAAAGCCACGCAUGGAAACCACAUCUGCUUCACUUAGCAGUGACUUCAAGCAGAAAGUUGCCAACAUCUUGCUGAAGUAUUCCAGUGGUCUUUGGGCUAACGCACUUCCCAAGCUGUAUCAAGACACUUACCAGCUAAAAUUUCCAGAGGGUGUUCUAAAUAAUUUAGAGUUGCUUUCGGAGGUAUGCACAGUGGACCACAUAUCUGAUAACCCCAAAAAGGCCAUCCUGUAUGCUAAACCCCAAAGACACAUUGAUGAGAAUCUGAAUGUCACUGAGAAAGUCCACAUUCAUGAUGUGAAGGCCUCAGCUGAACAGCAGUAUGAAGAAUCCAAAGAGCAGUAUCCAGAGAGCAUGACCGUCCCUCCUCUAGUCAUUCCUGCAGAAGGAUCCCUGUCUGUUUUGGUAGUAGAACUGAACAACACUAAUGAGGUCAUAAUUAGGUAUGUAGGUAAAGAUUAUUCUUCUGCCCAGGAACGGAUGGAAGAUGAGAUGAAAGAAUAUUACAGUCAGAAUCCUGCAGUGUCACUGGUUCAGUCUGUAAGUGUUGGGCAACUUGUUGCUGUACAUGUUGAGGAAGAAGCCUGGUUGCGUGCUCAGAUAACUUCUGUGGAAGACAACAGAAUAAAGGUGUGCUAUGUUGAUUAUGGCUUCAGUGAGGUUAUUGAAAAGAACGAUGUGUACAAGCUAGGCAAACAGUUCUACUCACUUCCAUUUCAGGCUGCAAAAUGUAAACUGGCAGGGCUGGAAUUCUUCUGUGAUGAUCCUGUUUUAGUAAAAACUGUGGAAUCACAAACUUGCAGCAAGAUAUUUGCUGUGGAAAUAUUGGAAAAGAGUGAUAUUCCUCUUCUUGUUCUCUAUGACACAUCUGGAGAAGAUGAUAUCAACAUCAAUGCUACCUGUCGGAAGGUGUUGUAUGACAAGUCCCUUGAACUGCUCCUACAGGUAGAUGCAAUAUAUACAAAUGUCAGAGUAACCAGCGUUUCCUCUGAUGGAAGCCUGUAUUGCCAGGUACCGUCUAAAGGCUUGUCCAGGCUCUCUGAAAUCUUACAGAAGCUAGAAGACUACUUCCAUUACAAGACAUCUGAAUAUAAUGUAUCAUUACCUUUCUGUGGCAAAAUCUGCUUAUUUCCUUAUAAAGGAAAAUGGACACGUGUAGAGAUAACAAUUGUUCACAGUAGUAGGGCACUUGAUGUGCAGUUCAUGGAUACUGGAACAGUUGCAUCUGUAAAAGUAUCAGAGCUUAGAGAGAUCCCAUCACAAUUCUUGAGAGAAAUAAUUGCAAUACCUCCUCAGGCUAUGAAAUGUUGCCUAGCAGAUCUGCCUCUCAACACUGGCAUGUGGACUCCAGAUGCUGUACUGUGGCUAAGAGAUACUGUAUUGAAUUGUCCUGAUUUUAGCAUGAAGGUGGCUAAACUGGAUGGCACAAAGGAAACUGCACAUAUUUACUUGUUUACUCCAGAGAAUUUCCCAGAUGUGGAUCGUAGCAUCAAUCGCCAGAUCAUAAAUGCAGACUUGUGGAAACAUCAGAAAGAUGUCUUCCUGAGUGUUACACCCAGUGGAACUAGCUCCACAAAAGUAAAAACUGAAACUGUUUCAGCUCUGGAGUUAACUAGUCUAGGCUCUGAGAAGAGUUUCUCUGAUUCAGUCAAGCCUGCUUUAGAAUGCAGUAGUGCAGUGCCUACCAUUGAUAUGCCUCCACCUCUACUAUUAUCAAAGCUUGGUGAGCCCAUGGAUGUCUACAUCUCAGUUGCCUGCCAUCCAGGUCACUUUGUUGUCCAGCCUUGGCAAGAGCUACAUAAUCUAGAAGUCCUUAUGGAAGAAAUGAUGCUGUACUACAGCAUGGCAGAGGAGAGGCCUGUGAGCAUUGAAAAAAACAAGCUGUAUGCAGCUAAAGUUGAAAACAAGUGGUACAGGGUGAUAAUAAAAGGAAUUCUUACAAAUGGUUUAUUGUCAGUUUAUGAGCUGGACUAUGGUAAACAUGAGCUUGUCAGCAUGAAGAAAGUACAGCCACUCAUGGACGCUUUCAGGAAACUACCUUUCCAAGCUAUAAUAGCUCAGCUUGCUGGAGUCAAAUAUGGGGGAAGGUGAAACCUGAGAAUCAUUGGGAGCACAGUCCUGGCAUGUUUGCUACAACUGCAUUGAAAGAAGAUGAAGAAUGCAGGUGAAGAUAUCAAUGUGUUUGUAAACUGCCCUAGGGUAGACCUAAUGCACAACAGUUUCAUUCUGUGCAGGACUGCUUCAGAGCCUGCAAAUCUGAAUGGACUAAAGAGCAAAUUAGGAUGAGACAAGUACUUUUCUGAGCACUUGAAGAGAGUAAGAGUUUUCUUACCCCAUCUGCAAUCUUGCAAAUUUUAAUAGUGUGCUAAUUGAUAAUUGCAAUGGCAUAUGGAAGUUGGUUGGUUGGUUGAAAAAUACCCCUGCUGUUUGCACACUUUGAAGCUUGCUGCUAUUGACCUCUAGUUGCCUUGCACAUGAAAGCUGAUAAAGCAGAGUUUGGGACUCCACACCUGUAGUAGCAAGGGAAAGAGCCUAGCAGACGUUUAGAGACUGAAGAUGCUUUUUGAGCUUGUCGUCUGUUCCUUUGGUUUACAUCAUACUCUUCUUGGUGAGCUGACUGCUCCAGGAUCACUAAUUAAGAGAACACUCUCUUCAGUUCAUACGCUGUAUCUACAGGCUACAUUUAGAUAUGUCCCUGUCUUCACACACUCUGUACAUUGCCACCAUUUUACAUGGAUCUUUACUAGUCUGUAGACUAUAGGUA